CCUGUGAUGUCAUAUUACAAAUCUAGGAAGCCUUUCUUGCUCACUUCAGAGACAGCCCAUCUCACAAUACAGCUGGCAACCUCCGAAAGGCCUCCUUCAGCAAGAGCUAACAUGCUUAGGAAUUUACUUGGGAACCUUUAAAAGACUCUGCCUACCACCACCUGGAAUCAAUGAAGAACUACCAAAACGGAGAAUAAAAAGAAGAAAGAAGUGCCAGAGGACGACGGACUGGGAUUAUUAAGACUCGGAAGUAAGACUGAUAAUUUAUGACUACCCAUUCUGAACAUGAGGACAUUUUAAUUUUGGAAUAUUCAUCUUGACGACUGAAGUACAAGCUAACACGAGGACUGCUGUGUUCAACUUGAAACACAGCUUUUCCUUACGUUUGGGGCUCUAUGGGUUGGCUUCCUUGACUGAAUUUCUGUCAGUUAACUAAAUUCUGGACUCAGUGGAUUUUCUGGAGACCAGAAAAUGAGACGAUUGUCCUGAAGAAUCUACUAGAAACUUUUAAGCAACACGUUUCAUGCUUCUUUUGAAGAUUUCAGAGAAGAAAAUAUUUGUAAGACCACAAAAAGAAACAAAUAAUUUUCGAAUAAACUGGCUGUUGCUGAGACCACAUCUGAAUACCAAAGGCGACCGCUGCAGACAAAAGGACUCCCUGUAAGCUGUACAGCCUGACAAUGGUAAGCUCCAACGGCUCCCACUGCCCUUACGAUGACUCCUUUAAGUACACUUUGUAUGGGUGCAUGUUCAGCAUGGUGUUUGUGCUUGGGCUGAUAUCCAAUUGUGUUGCGAUAUACAUUUUCAUCUGUGCCCUCAAAGUGAGAAAUGAAACUACAACGUACAUGAUUAACCUGGCAAUGUCAGAUUUGCUUUUCGUCUUUACUUUACCAUUUCGGAUUUUUUACUUUGCAACACGGAAUUGGCCAUUUGGAGAUCUUCUCUGUAAGAUUUCAGUAAUGCUGUUUUACACCAACAUGUAUGGAAGCAUUCUGUUCUUAACCUGUAUCAGUGUAGAUCGAUUUCUGGCAAUCGUCUACCCAUUUAAGUCGAAGACUUUAAGAACUAAACGAAAUGCAAAGAUUGUUUGCAUUGCUGUGUGGUUCACAGUGAUGGGAGGAAGUGCACCCGCGGUUUUCUUUCAGUCGACCCACUCUCAGGGUAACAAUACCUCAGAAGCCUGCUUUGAGAACUUUCCAGCAGCCACAUGGAAAACCUAUCUCUCCAGGAUCGUGAUUUUCAUAGAAAUAGUGGGGUUUUUUAUCCCCUUAAUUUUGAACGUCACUUGUUCUAGUAUGGUGCUAAGAACUUUAAAUAAACCUGUUACAUUAAGUAGAAGCAAAAUGAACAAAACUAAAGUUUUAAAAAUGAUUUUUGUACACUUGGUCAUAUUCUGUUUCUGUUUUGUGCCCUAUAACAUCAAUCUUAUUUUAUACUCUCUCAUGAGAACACAGACUUUCGUUAACUGCUCUGUGGUAGCUGCAGUGAGGACAAUGUACCCAAUCACUCUCUGCAUUGCUGUUUCCAACUGUUGCUUUGACCCCAUUGUUUACUACUUCACUUCAGACACAAUUCAGAACUCAAUAAAAAUGAAAAAUUGGUCUGUUAGAAGAACUGAAUCCAGGUUCUCUGAAGUUCAGGGCACCGAGAAUUUUAUCCAACACAACCUACAAACUUUAAAGAGUAAAAUAUUUGAUAGUGAAUCUGCAAUAUAAGCUGCCUGACUAAACCACUGGGACUGCUCCGUGUUCAACUGUGAAAACUGUGCUCUUGGAAACUGUUUCUCCAGCUCCAAAAGAAUUAACAUAUGGACCGUUACAUGUUUUAAAGAAAAUCUGUGUCUGAUGUGUUACACAUUAAAAUAUAUUCUAUUCUUGUAUGCACUCCA